UCUGAAAUAAGUUUGGAUUCAAAAUGAUAACCAUAUAGUGAAUCAUAAAUCGACCCAAUGGGCUGAACAAGGCCCAAUGGGCUGAAUAAAAGCCUUGUACUAAUAGCGUCAACAAAACGCACCGCGAAUCCAUGCCAAAAAAGGGUCGGCUUCGUCUCCGUCUCUCUCUUUCUUUCCUUAGCUCUCACUCACUUCUCAACUUCAGACACGAAAAAACUCAAUUCAAAAUAAAUUAAAAAUCAAAAAAAUGCCUUCUCCUCCGGCGCCAGAGGCGGUAGUCAGCCACCGCUUCGCCGCCUUCCUCAUCUGGCAAUCGAUCCCAUCAACAGCCAUCUUCCUCUUCUUCAACCUCUUCCUCUUCUCCGCCACUUCCCUCGCCUCCUUCCUCCUCACCUUCCUCGUCUUCCACGCCUCAAACCUCAUCUUCUCCAUCUCCCUCGCGCUCCUCUCCUCCCUGACUUCCGAUUCCCCUCUCUCCCCUCUCCAAUUCGCCCUCGGCCUCCUCCGCCGCCUCUCCGAUCCGGACUUCCGCCGCCGCGCUCGCGUCUCUUUACGAAUCGCGCUCUUCGUCUCCGCCACGGGGUUCGCCGGGUUCUGCUCCGCCGCUGUGUUCUGCUUGGAGACGGGAGUCGUUGGGAGAGUAGGGUUUAGAGGGUUUGUCACUGGCUUGCUCUACGCGGUCCUCUUCGUGGUUAAGCAGCGAUGGCUGUUAGAGUUCCCAAUCAUUCAGCGUCCACCGUUCUACAGCUUCAAGAUUGGUCUCCCUUCGGCGUUAACGCAAGCUUUGAAGCUGUCGGGUGUGCUUUAUGUACUGUCGACGGUAAUGCUGUUGUUUCUGCUAGACUGGUCUGGUGGGCUUGUGUCGGUUUCGAGGUUCUUGGGUGAGCAGGUUAUUUCUUAUGCUGGGAGUUUCUGUUUGAUCCUCUCUUGGGAAGUGACUCACCAUAUUCAUCAGGUUCUGCACACAAAACGCUUUGGUUUUGCUCCUCCAAAAGGAUCUGCAGCAGCAGAAACAAAUCCAAGCGAGCCUCUUCUCGCUGCUUUAGAAGGGAGUCCUCCAGGUUCGCUCGAGCAGUAUCUCGCGUACCUUGACCUCUACAUGGUGUCUCAGAACAAUGUCGACACCUGGCGUCGCGCUGCUUUCUUCGCGGAGUCCAGCGAGACUUACAAAAGAGUCAUCACUCUAUGCUUGAAGCCUUUAGAAGAGCUUGCCUCCAAGUUAGCUGCUGGGAUAGACCACACCUUUGCUGAAAUAGGUGAAUCAUACAUCGAUCCUAAAUUUGGCGAAUCACUCAAGUCAUUCCAGCUAUAUGCAUGGUGUGCUCAAACAGCCGCAUCCCUCACUUCAAUCUCACACAAGGAAGACAGUCUCGGAGUAGCACAGCUCUCCGGAGCAAACGCCGACGUCGUCUCAACGCUCCUCUCUCUUUUGCUAGCUGUUGAAACGUUCAUGGGGAAGAAGAACAAUCUGCAAUCACCGCAGCAGCUCUUGGGACCCGCUAGCAUCAAAUGGGCGACCUCUAGCAUGGUGAGAAAAGAUGUUAAGCCGAUCAAGAAGAGAAGUGGGGCGCUGUACUCUUACGCGUACGCAGUCUCGGAUGUUUUGAGGGUAUCGAUGUACCAGAUUGUUUCCACGUUCCGCGAUGAGAUGGUCAGCAGCGACAGAACCGAGAUUCUUGGUAGGGAUUGGAUCGGAAGCAAGAAACCGGUUUUUGGAACGAGCGAGAUGUUGUUGCAGAAGCUUAAGCUCUUCCUAGAGUUCCAAGCUUAAAUGGAGAAAAAGAUUUAAGAGAAAGAACAAACGAGAUGUUGUGAUCAAAAUGUGUUUGUUACUUUAGAAAGGACUUGUAACGCGAUCUCUCAUAUAUUAUUUUUGGCAAAAGUUUUGGGACUAUUCAUAUAA